AUGGGAGCAACACCAAAUGCUCCAUAUAUUGGUGCAAUAGAAUCACAAGAAAUGUAUCAUUGUUUUAGUCGAUCAUUGAAUAUCAAAGACUACCCUAAAUUUAGAUUUUGGCAGGGUGUCUCAUACAACAGUAAUAAUAAUAGCUUUACAAGAAAUAAUGGUCCACUCAAAGGAUCACUAUCUUCUUUGUAUUAUUCUGGUAAUAUUUCAAAUAUGGAUCAACCAAAUAAUAUUCUAUAUAAUAUUAAUGAUAGAAUGGUAGUGCCAUCAGAGAUCGAAAAUAUUAGUUAUUAUACCCCAUUAAUUGCAUUUAAUAUAACAGAUGCACCGAUGAUUGACAAUAUUACUAGUAUUAUACCUGGACAAGCAUCACAGGUUACAAUCAACGGUAAUCAUUUUGGAAAAGAUAGUUCAUAUGUUUUGAUAAGCAUUCAAGGAAGUCAAUGUAAAUCACCAAUGUUUAUUGAAAACAACUAUCAACAAAUUACUUGUUCAUUGGGUAGUGUUGAACCUUAUUCAACCGAUCUAAAUUAUACUGUUAAAAUUGGAGUUGGUGGAAUGCUUACAACCAAAGUUGUAUCUCUUGCGAAAGAUUGUCUUAACAAUUGCUCGUCACAUGGCAUUUGCAAUACCACGUUUGGGACAUGCAAAUGUAACAGUGGUCAUGAACCCCUAUUGGAUUGUUCAUCAUUGGUCAAUCGUAGUCAGUUACUAAACACAACCGUUUGGGAUAACGGCAUGUCACUUUUUUCAACUGAUCAAACGAUCAGUGGUGUGAUUGUUAAUUUCACAACUGGUAUACAAUUCAUUCGUGAAAUCAAUCAUGAGAAAUCGGUCAUUAAAACAAUAUCAAUUGACAAUCUCAUUUGGACGCAAGAGGAAGAGAAGACAUCUGCCGGUGAAUCAGUAUUUAAUGCAAGAAUGUUCAAUCAACGCACACAAUUACAAGUCACAGUUGGUCAAUACCAAGACACCAACACCACUUCAUUUCUUGGUGAGGAUAUUCAAGUAUCACCAAAUUCAGUCAAAUAUCGAAUCAAAAUCAUUAAUUGGGUAUGGUCAUCACCGAUCAAUACAUUACAGGUGAUAUUCCAUACACAAUCAGAUUCGGUAAAAUUUGACAAGUGUGGUAAGCUAAAAGUCAGAAGUGAUAUAUCUCGUGGUGAUCAAAUUAUAUGGACCAGAGUUCAAGUUGGACGGACACUUUUAAACUGUAAAAUAGCAAGUAGAAUGGUUAUAGACAACUCGACAAUCAUUCCAUCCAAAGUAACACUUUCUCACCAACGAUGA